AUGGCAGGAAAUGUUCAAGUGGACAAUUGGUGCUGUACCAAAAUGACAGUGGAUCGCUAUACAUAUCUAUGGAAAAUUAAUAACUUUAGUUAUUGUCGUGAAGAAACUGGUGAAACGUUGAAAAGUUCAACUUUUACAACUGGCCCCGAUAAAUUAGAAUGGUGCAUGAGAAUUAAUCCGCGGGGAUUGGAUGAGGAAAGUAAAGACUAUUUAUCCAUGUACCUAUUGUUAUUAUAUAGCAAUAAGAAAGAAAUUCGAGCUAAAUUCAAGUUUUCCAUCUUGAGUCGUAACGAAGAGGAAGUCAGAGCGAUGGAAAGCCAACGUGCGUACAGAUUUGUCCAAGGAAAAGACUGGGGAUUUAAAAAAUUUGUGCGUCGUGAUAUGUUAAUGGAUACAUCGUAUGGAUUGUUAAUCGACGAUCAUCUAACCUUAUUUUGUGAAAUCAAUGUUGUAUCUGAUCCUGUCACUCUUGAUGGUCGUUUUACCGCAGAAGAAGCUGAAGUACCGAAAUGUCGAUUAGCACAAGACUUGGAUCAAUUAUUUAAAACGAAAAAAUUUGCCGAUAUCACAUUUAAUAUUGGAAAGGAUCAAUUGAAAGCUCAUAAAGCCAUAUUGGCUGCUAGGUCGCCUGUCUUUGAUGCAAUGUUCAAGCAUUGUAUGGAAGAGCAACGCCAAGGUACAGUAGACGUAUCUGACAUAGAAAGCGAUGUAUUUGAAGAGAUGAUCAAAUUCAUCUACACUGGGGAAGAACCAGAGCGCAUCGAUGAUCUAGCCGCGGAAAUAUUAGCGGCUGCGGAUAAGUACGAUUUACAAAGGUUAAAAUCUUUAUGUGAAAAUUCCAUAUCAAAUAACCUGACUGUUGAGAAUGCGGCUAAAGUGCUAAUUAUUGCCGAUAUGCAUAAUUCUGAAGUACUAAGACAAAAUGUUUUGGAGUUUAUUAACAGUCAUGCCUUGGAAAUCGUUGAAACCGAAGGCUACCAACAUUUGUUGAAGAGUUAUUCUCACCUUAUAACCGACGCAUUCCGCACCUUAGCAAGAUCUUGCAAUAGCAAAACCGAUGUAACAUCGACCAGAAAGAAAGUGCGCUUAUCAUGA